AUGGAACCUAUUAUACUGUCAUCCGUACCUAAUGAAAAGUUUCAGAAGGUCAGUCUUAUAAUAAUAUAUUGUACUGUCAAUACUAUAUAUGCAAUUAUGCAUCUGAUACAUAUUCAAUCUGAUUGUAUUAUUACUGUACUUUAACUCAUUGAGUGGCAGCACUCUCCACUUGACGAGUAAAAUACUUUGGCGUUAGACAGAGUAAAAUACUAAAGUAGGACGCGUCAGGGUGUAUUAGGUUAAUAAUAUACAUGAAAGGAAUUGCUCAAUUCUGAUUGGCUAAGAGCAUAAUCGGGGUUCCCAAUAGAGUUUGGAGUAUAGUCUUUUUCAAAGAAGUAAGUGGCCAUGUGGUGUCGAAUGUACCCAGCCGUGCAAAAGGGGAGUCGAGGGCGUCUCAGCCUUCAAAUUUUGAUAUUUAGACCAUCUGAAGUGGUAUUUCCAGUGCUUUUUGGACAGUAGUUUCGGAGAUUUUGUCAUAUCCAAAUUUUAGCGGAGAAUUUCAUGUUAUAUGUUAUAAAAUUUAUGUUAUAAAAACAAGAAAUCUUUCCUUCGACAUUUCUUUGGUAAGGAGGGAAUAUUUUGGUAUACCGGAUGGGGGAAAAAAAUACGACUGUUUGAAUUGCUGCAAAAGCAAAACUAAAAGAGCAAUGACACUAAAACAAGCUUAGUGGCAUUCAACGAUAUCCAACUUAACUUUUGAAGUAUUGGCAUACAUGCACAUUUCGAUGCCAUAUUGACAAAGAUACAUGCAUUCAGACAGGAGUAAACAUUUUUGGAACUGACGAAAUUAACUAUAUACUCAAAUUAUGUGGUUGCUGCACAUGUGGCACAUUCCACAUUUUAUGUUUCAAAUAGCCCCAUGCAAAGAAAAAAAUCGCAUACUGUUAGAAUAAAAUCAGAAGAGAUCAAAAUUUAAGUUAAACAUCAUGGAUUAUACAGUGACUUAUUUAAGUGUAAUAGUUCUUUUACUUUUUAAGUCAUGGCAAAUCAAACAGUCGUACUUUUUUGCCCCACCCGCUAUAAGCUGAAGAAAUAGCCGGCGAUUGUCUACGCUACAGACGGCGAAAAUCGCUGGGUGCUGGCUUCUAUUGGGAACUCUGACUGCAUUGCUAUUAAUAUAAGGUAAUAUGGUUUUAUAAUAGUGCAAUUUGGAAAAAUCCUACACGAAUGAUUUUUUCAGUAAGCAAAGGAAACCCAGCUAGAAGCACGGACUUUUACUGAACUAGAGAUUGUUGUUCGGAUUGUCAAGAUUUUGGUUUAAUCUUUGCCUAAAGGAACAAAGAAGGUCCCAAACGCACAGGGAUUUGCUAAGUACAUAUUGACAUAUACCCCAAAAAUAUUUUAAUGUUAUACAUUUGUUUAGAAUACAUGCAGUAGCUUGAAACUUGGAAUCAUGCUGACCACUUAUUAAACUACAGUAAAUCAUUGUUCAACAUGUGACAACUUUUUGGGAAUGUUGGUAACGGAAUUUUGCAAAAUAUUGAACUUUUUGGGCAUGCACGUAUUCAAACUUUUGGCAAGUAGCUGUAUAUUACACUAAAUACUUUGAAUGCUUUGUUUUGCUUCCAGUGACUGUGGUAAGUUGCAAACAACCUAGAGUAGAUCCAAUACCUUAUUCUCACAUUUUGCGAUUUAUAACAUCGCGUAAUGCAAUGCACUGUUUACAGUUGAAGCCAUAUUCCAACGUGAUAUGUAAAUUAGUAAGAAAAACUCUAAGCAGUAUUUCAAAUUUCCCCAUUGAGUGAUUGAUUAUUAAUUGGUUUUUUUUCACAGACAUGUUAUUUAUGUGAAGAGCAUGGCCGUGAAAGCAAGACAUCUGCUGGAGCUUGUAUGCAAUGUAAUAAAAUUGGUUGUAGGCAAGCAUUUCAUGUGACGUGGUAAGCUUUCAUCUGUUCAAACAAGAAAUAGGUUGUAUGAAUGCCGGAUAGCGCUAUCCAACGGAUUGUGAUUUUUUCAAACUCUAAUUAACUGUUGAAUGUUGUAGUACAGUAUACUGUAUAACCACGAUUAACUAGACUCGGUUGAAGUCCGUCUCUCAAGGGGUUGAAAAUAGCGAUGCACGCGAGCGGUCAAAAAAGGCGCGAAAAUAUGAAAGAAAAGUAGGGAGAGGCGGACUUGGAUACGCUGCAAGCCCGCCAAAUUUUACCGUCGAAUUUUUACUACGGAGGCGUGGCUUGCGAGUUGAGAACAACAACAAAUUUUCGCGCCAAUUUUUGCAAGUAACAUUCGAAAUGUUGCAAAUGUCCCAAGUCCGUCUCUCACUACUUUUCUCCUGAGACGGACUUCAACCAAGUGUAACGAUUAACGUGUCAUAGUAAUUAUAAACUGGAAGCUUUUCUAUAUUUAUUGUGAGGUACAUCUAUGUAGUUUCACAGCUUUGGAUAUAGCACUAUCCGACCUUCGUACAACCGGCCCCAGUUUAACAUGCUCGUCCAACGACCAACAUAAUUUCAUAUUGAAGAAGAUUGAGUUUUAGAAAGGGAACACGUCAAUCUCACUUCCACCAAAACCCUAACCCUCGUAAAAUCCUUGAAUUUGCCUCUAUGAAAUAGUAUUUCCCGUAUUCAGACAGCACUUUUUAGAAAAAAUGUAACAGUCUUUUAAUUUAAUGACGUGUACAGUAAUAUACAACGAUCAAGUACUUUCUUCCUUUUAAAGUUUAUUACUCACAUUUGCCACAAUUACAGUACUUCAAAGCAUAUUGUGAAAAAUAUAAUUACGGAGAAGAUUGCGUUUCUUCUAUACCGUUGUAGCCGUACCCCGGUAGUCAGAAAAGUGCUUGUAUGAAUCGACGCCUAUAUGUUUUCAGAUUGCAUAAGCGUAACCUGGAAAGUUCUUUGCAAGUCUUACUGCAGUGUUGAAUUUUGAGCAGGGAAUUACCACCGACAAUGAUUUUAGUAAUCUCUUACUUGAUCACUUUGAUUCUACCGUUACUCCAUUAGGUAAUUUAGGUAAUUUAUGUGGCUCUGAUAUCGUAUAGUUUCGCUCUGUUGGUAUCUAUAAUUUCAAAUUUUUAAAGUUUUUUUCUUAGUGUAAAAAUAAACCCUAAUUGUAGAAUUGACCAGUGCUGGAAAAUGUCCGGCAGCGCCACACCGCGGUCAGGGAAUUUUUAACAAAAUAUCUUCGCGGGAAAAUGUCAUACAUCUUGGAAGAAACGUUUGUCCUACAUGUACAGUAUAGCCAUAUAAUUUACUUAUCGUUAAGAAAAGCGUUUUGCAAGUCGAGAUUGUCUUGUUCCGAGAUUGACUGAGUUUAUCACAGUGUUUUAUAUGUGAUAAAACACGACUACAAGUGCUUUAAAUAGCUUCAAAAACGACUCAUCUUAUACGAGUUCAUUGGCGAAGUAAUUUUUAAAAUAAACUUUGCCUAAACCGAGAAAAUCAAAGCUAAAGUUUAUGUAAAUUAACGUGAUUUUUUAUCACAUAUAAAACCACGACACGCUUAUGAUUUUUCUUUGUGUUUUGCUCCUGAAUUAUUAAUGAGUUUUUGAAGUACUAUUUAAACUUCUCGCUCCGUGAUGGUAAGAGAAGAAUAACACUGCGAUAACCUCGAGUUUGUAUUAGGGAUAUUUUAUAAUACGGUAGUCGGUACUGAAUUAUUUCAUUUUGAUAAUACAGUAUAAUUAUGUACUAUUUAAAGCACGCGUAGGAGUGUUUUAUCACAUAUAAAACACGACGCGUAGCGGAGUGUUUUAUAUGUGAUAAAACACGACUACAAGUGCUUUAACUAAUAGCUUAAAAAACGACUCAUCUUAUACGAGUUCAUUGGCGAAGAAAUUUUUAAAAUAAACUUUGUCUAAACCGAGAAAAUCAAAGCUAAAGUUUAUGUAAAUUAACGUGAUUUUUUAUCACAUAUAAAACCACGACACGCUUAUGAUUUUUCUUUGUGUUUUGAUGAGUUAUUAUUCUUUGUGUGAAUUAUUAAUGAGUUUUUUAAUGAUAUUUAGUGCCCAGAAUGCGAAGCUGCUGUGUGAGGAGCAACAAGGGGUAUCAGCAAACACAGUGAAAUAUGUUGGAUAUUGUUCUUAUCAUUGGAAUAAGAAGGUACGCAGUAACGUACUAACGUACACGUUUAGAACCAUUCUCGUCAGUUUGAAUUCAUAUUAUUUUGGCACUGCAGAGUACAACGAAAUAUUCGUUGUCUCGAGCGGGAUUCGAACUCGCAUUUUCGAAUAUCUAGACCGCCACUCUAGCCAUUGAGCUAUCGGGUCAACGGGGAUUGUUAGCGAGUCUUAUCCAAUUGUUGUAAAAUGCGGAUAAUAUAGCCUUGCGAAGUUUGCAAUUUUCAGUCAUUUUAGAUUAUAAACGGGAAAUUGAUACCCAAACACCCGAUUUGGGUAUCAAUUUCCCGUUUGCAAUCUAAAAUGACUGAAAAUUGCAAAAUUCGCAGGGCUAUAUUAUCCGCAUUUUACAACAUUUCGUAACGAAACUUUGGAAUAUUACUAAUUUUGUGAUGCUCUUUCAAGCUGUGAUGAAAUUUUUGUCUAGAUCAAAAUUUUAGUAUAAGGUUAAAGGUCCAUUGACAUAAACAUAUCAUACCAAUUUGAAAGCGAUUGUUCUACAUCACUGAUCACAAAGCACAAAUCCCAAGGCGCUCGUGUCAACAUUUCUUUAAGUCCCGUCCAAUUUGCAUUUCUUAGGUUGUAUAUAGUUCGCUUCACUUUUAGUAGUUUUUUAAUUUGAAGGUCAAUCUGAAAGCUUAUAUUAGUCCGUAUGUUGUGACCUCGAAAAGUGCCUAGAAAAAAUUUUUCAUUAAGCAUGUCUUAGAUCUGAAAUAUUUUUACAGGAAAUAACACUUUCGAACACGCUGAUUUCAAAUCCGAAAAGUUCCCACUCCGUAGACCCGCAGUUUUUUCACAAAAUGCUAUUUUAUCUUCACUAAUUUCACAACAAUUUUUUCAUUGUUCAACGACACGGAUCGAUGACGAUACACGAUUAUGUCACUCAAAAUGACCAAUUCCUAUUAACCAUUCUUCCUUUAAACAAAAGACCGGUUUUGCUCGAAUCAUUCUGAGUUAUGCAAUCUUAUGCGUGUUGGACGUAAACAACAUAUCUUGUCUACAACUUUGGGAAGGUACAGAUAAUUCCUUCUAAAAUCCUUAGUUCUGGAUCUAUCUCUAUAAAAUCACAAGGACGUUAAUGUCAAGUCUUUGUGCUAUGUCUCUGGGACGAGAAAUAAUUCCUUACAUGCGAUCAAAAUGUUUUAUACAAAGAUAUAAAACGGUAAUCUAUAUGUAAUGGAUCAGCAUUGAAAUUUCCAACACGGUUUCCAAGACGUAAUUCAAGAGAUACUUAUCAUUGCAUUUGAACUAUUACAUGAGUUGGUGUUAUACUGUGCGAUAAGCGAGUAUUAUUGGAAAGAGGGCUUCUAUAUACGUCGAAAUCUUCAAAUAAACAGCUCAUGCACACAUUUCUCCACUUCGCGGUAAGUUUACAGAGCAUAUUUUAUACUUUGUGACUGAUCUUUGUCUUUGAUGUGAACAUUUAUUCUUAUAGUUUAAGGUUAUUUAAGAUUGAUCCUGUCGUAAGUCUUCUACCUGCAACCAUUCGACAAUAUUUCGUUUUAGCGUUGUCUUUGCCGUUACGUUGGCUUCGCGUUACUUUUGUUUUAAAUAUCUUGAUCGCGCUAAACGAGUUAUUUUUCAGGCCAGUGACAUAGCUAAAAGACUUGAUAUUAAAGUCCUUGUGAUUUUAUAGAGAUAUCUCUAGAACUGAGGAUUUUAGAAAGCGUUAUCUGUACCUUCUCAAAGUUGUAGACAAGAUAUGUUGUUUACGUCCAACACGCAUAAGAUUGCAUAACUCAAAAUGAUUCGAGCAAAACCGACCUUUUGUUAGAAGGAAGAAUGUUUAAUAGAAAUUGGUCCUUUUGAGUGACAUAAUCGUGUAUCGUCAUCAAUCCGUAUCGUUGAACAAUGAAAAAAAUUGUUGUGAAAUUAGUGAAGAUGAACUAGCAUUUUGUGAAAAAACUGCGGGUCUACGGAGUGGGAACUUUUCGGAUUUGAACUCAGCGUGUUCGAAAGUGUUAGUUCCCGCAAAAAUAUUUCAGAUCUAAGACAUGCUUAAUGAAAGUGAACGAUAUCGGGUCACAACACACGGACUAUAUGGUAAAAUACUAUAAUGACGCAUUCAGUUUUCUGAUAUGACGUUUUCAAAUACUAUAAUGACUCAUUCAGUUUUCUCACAGGGUGCGAUAAUUCGCGUACUUACGUUAGGUUACGUACCAGAGUCCAGAGGUACGCCAAUAUUACGGUCUGGUACUUUUUUGUUUUCAGCGACGUACUGCGUAGGUACUGUACGCGGAGCUCUCGCUAUUUGCGUACUUAGGUACAUUUUGCUGGUACCAUGUUACCUUACCAAACUCAAGGUAUUCAAAACCGUAAUUAAGCAGGUAUAUGGGCACGUCUGACAUGUCUUGGCAUGAAAAAUUAUUCGACUGAUGGGACUAAGCCUAAGGAAUGAGUUUAUUCUAGUGUUUGUGUGUGCAGUUGUCGUCCUUCUUGUUCUGACCCGUGGUUUCAGGUUACUGAAUUAAUACCUUUCAAAAACCUGUACUUUAUGUACUUCAUUUUAAACAAUAAGUACACCUUGAGUCUUAAGUUUGUCAAGUACGUAGCAAUGAUCAUAGGAGUGCCACUCGGGUACGGCUAAAAAUCUUGAAUUAUCGCAGCCUGUUACUCUGCCCGACAAAGCAAGACAAAUUUUCCAUCCGAAUUAAUUUAACCAAAAUUUAAUCAAAUUGUCCUUGGGAAAUGUCCAUUGGUCUCGCAAAUUUUAGCAUUGCACUGUGUAAUACGUUUGAUAUUUUAUAAUUGAUCUCACUGAUUGACGAACACACAAACGCAGAUGAGAACAUAACCUCCUAUAGCGGAGGUAAUAAUUGCUACUGUAAUUUGCUUUUCUAACGAUUUAACAAACAUUCACUUGACUAUAGAAGUUAUCUUUUAACGUUUUAGGCGUGCGCAUUUCUUUGGAACCUCGUAUUCAGGCGAUGGGACUUCGUUGGCUGUUUAUAUCUUUUUUAUUAAAUUUUAGUAUAGCUAACGAAAGUUGCCCUUCAUUCCUUUUUUACCCAGAAUUGAUUCUUUGUCAAAUUCUGAAGAAAUAUGUAACCGCAGUAAAAUCGGUUUGAGUAACGAAUAAAAUUAACCUAUUAACCGCUCCCAGUCUAACAUAAUCGUCUUCUAAUAUGAAUUCGGCUAGUUCAGAAUUCAUAUAUUAUUCAGUAAGGGCAGAAUUUUGUAUAUUCUAUAUAGGGCAAAGGCGUUGUGGUCCCUAGAGCUAGCGAGAGAGCACGAUCAAAGGCAGAGGGACGAACACAACAUGUUCUAAAACCAGACAUUAGUAAACGACCUUCGGUGAUUGGGACCACGAAAUCUACUGAAUCCACAUCACCAACAAGCUCAUCAGCGAAACCGAAAAACCGAAAACCAUCGUUCAAGACAUCGGAUACCUUUCCAGAAUCAUUGUCGGCCAGUGACAGUUCGAAUUUACUCGGCUCUCAACACCUUAUGAAAACUCAAAAAAUUACAUCACCAUUGAACACGCCAUCAGUGCGAGACCAUCUGUCCAAUUACUCGAGUGUGGUUUCCACUCCUUUUCUUUUUUUUUCCCAACUCCCCAUCCGCAAACCUGACACACCUAGUAUCGGGCAGGCAGUGAGCAACGGUGUUUCAAACACCGUCCUACCCAAAAGUAGUGCUGCUGUUACACAGGCGGAAUCUUCCAAAGAGAUCUGGAAGUCGCCUCCAACCCAGACAACUGCGAAGAAAAGCGAGGAAGCAGUCAACACCACGAAGACUGUGUCUAACAGCGAGACAAAGAACACUGAGGCAAAGAACAGUGAGGCAAAGAACGGUGAGGCAAAGAACAGUAACGAAAGCAGCAGUAGUAUAACAAAGAAACGAAAGAACAAUAAGGCGAGUAGCGCAGAUGAGGAUGGUAAGAAGAAACAAAAGACAAACAGCAAUCAUGAAAAGAAAAGUUCAUAUUCCCUAGGUGCUGUUGGGAAAGGGAAAGGGAAAACGCCAAUAUUACAACCGUCUCCUUUCGUUUCGAAGUCAAGUUCCAGUUCAAGUGUUCGAGAAAUGUAAGUUGAAAUUGUUUAAACAGAAUUUGGCGACAAAAUAGCCACCGCUUGUAUACUAUUUUACAUUUAACAAAUAUAAAACAUUUUCCGUGUUGAUAUACAGUUAUAUUAACACGAGUGGAAAUUGGGAAAACGAGAAAUUGUGUGGAAACACGACGCCCGAAGGGCGGAGUGUUUUCACACAAUUUCGAGUUUUCCCAAUUUCCACGAGUGUUGAUAUAACUGUAUAUCAAUACGUAAAAAAUGUUUUAUAUUUGUGUUAUAAUAUAGCACAAAGAAACAUAAAGAAAGAAAUUUUCCGACGUUUCCGUGUUGAAAUUGAGUUAUAUCAACACGGCUUUUAGCCAAUCAGCGUUCAGAAUUUACAAAUGCUAUAUUAUAAUUCAUUCAUACAUAAUGACCGACCAUUUUUAACAGUGAGUACAUACAAUAGUGUACGAAUAAUGAAUGUUAAUGAAUACAUACCUGAUGUUAAAAAUUAAUAGAAAUCCAAUAAAUACGGUGUAUGUCCCAAAAUGUUUGAGUGAAGAGUUUAGGUAAUAAUGCCAAUCAUUGUCGUGCCAUUUUGCUUCGCACAAAUUAUGCAUUUGAAUUUAAUUCCAUUGCCCUCAUUUUGAAGAUUUGGGUUGCAUGAGCUACGAUUAGGAAUUUUCACGGAUGGAAUGUAUUGAAAACCAAACCGUGCAAUGGCAACAUAGUACAAAAAUUUUCGGCUGAACGCGUUCCAUUGCACGCUCAACAAAAUGGUAAUUUUAUUCUAUAUCAAUAAGUUAUCAUUCAUAAUCAGCCAAUUACAUAACCAGAAUUUAAUGAGGUUCAUGUUAAUUUAAUGAGGUGCAUGUUGGUGCAUGUCGCACGUUGUUUAUGCAUGAAACAUUUAGGUGAGGUAACAUUGAGGUGUUUAGGCUACAAACAUCUUCUUACACGUAAUUCGAGUCGGGUAUAGAGCGUUUGCACAUGACGUCACAGCCGCCAUGUUGGUGUUCCAAUUCAAAAGAAUUUUAAUUAGACUCUUUUGUCUGGAACACCAACAUGACCGCCAUGGCUUUUGUUGAGCUGGUCCCUGCGGAAUGAGUGCAAACGCUCUAUAGUGAUCGAAUCGUAGUGCAAAACGUGAAGCAAGUGAUAUUGUUCGUCAUAUGUAGAUUACCCUAUAUAAGCUCUUGAUUGUUUCAUGAAACUAAGUUAAAAAUAUCAAAAUAUAUCCUUCGGCAGAAUAACCAUAUAAAAGUUGAUGCUUGUGAUGUUACUCUGAGUGUAAUUGUCCACACUGGGCAAGCUUGAAAAAUAGCCUGACCACGGUGGGAAUCGAACCUACGACCUUUUGGAAUACUAGCCCAAUGCUCUACCAACUGAGCUACGCGGUCUGGUCGGUUCGAGCAUGUGAUAUUUCAGAACAGAAUCUAGUUCCUUCGAUAUCAAUGUUAUCUAAUAAUAAUCAUGAUUUUUCUGUGUUGGUGCAUGUAAUGUUCUCACGUGAAUAUGAUGCUUGUGAUGUUACUCUGAGUGUAAUCGAACCGACCAGACCGCGUAGCUCAGUUGGUAGAGCAUUGGGCUAGUAUUCCAAAGGUCGUAGGUUCGAUUCCCACCGUGGUCAGGCAUAAUUUUCAAGCUUGCCCGGUGUGGAUAAUUACACUCAGAGUAACAUCACAAGCAUCAUAUUCACCUGAGUACAUUACACCAACACAGAAAAAUCAUGCAUAUAAAAGUUGAUUACCUUGAACACGACUUUUCGCAACUGCUCCUGGUUAGGUCUAAUAAAUAUUAUAUAAAGUUUACACUCGAAAUUUCCAUCUACAAAACCCUUUAACAAUUGCAUGCAGUAGUUCUAUCGAGUGCAUGAGAUGACCAAAAUCUUGAUAUUUACCCGCUUGUAGAAAUAGUCGAGCUGAAUAAAAAUGCCACCGAAGUUUGUAGACAGUAGCCGAGCUACAGGCUUGCUAAAAUUUUCAGUUACAUAUUUCCACCCUAUACAGUAUGUAGUCCCUGUUAAAAAUGGAAGCAUUCUUUAUUGGUCAUAAAUUAGUAUACAACAUUCGAUAGCCAUGAUGUACUCAUACUGACAGUAGGCCCGUUCGCAGGUCAGGUCCACUAAAUUUAGAACAGACAUUUCUUUUCAGAAAGGUACAGUAAACUGAGCCACUUCGUUUUGUCCGGUAUUAAAUAAGGCAAAGAUAUCCAGAGUUUGCAACCAGUCAAAUUGCUUAACAUGUAGUUAUUUGUCCAUAUGUCUUCAAAAUAUUAACACUGUUUAUGGUAUGGACGAAUUAACUCACAUUUGUGCACAAUGUUUGAUUAAAACUACUCUUGUCAGGGACGUUUGAAACCCAAAGUUAAUAAUUACAAAUUAUUAGAGAUACAAUAUUUGUCAUUUUAAUUACAUCGGUCUUUUGUUUGUUUGAUCGCUUAUCUCCUUUCGCUACGGACUCAUAUGAAAUGACUCAGUCAACGCUUUGCCGAAAGUCGUGGGUUUUCUCCGGGUGCUCCAAUUUCCUCCCACAGGGAAAAUUUUACAGGGUAGGUUAGCAUAAACAAAGUUAAGAAAGUAAAUAUCACGAUUAUUGUAAAGAUAUAAUAGUCUAGACUAAGUAUGUAAUUAGGUAAGUGCAAUACUUGAUGAAAUGCGCAGUUGACCAUAUCCAUAUGUAUGUCAAUCUUAAAUGUUAAUCUUAUACAUGUACAUAAUUUUUAACAAAUUCUAAUUAUUUUCUUCUUCAGGGAAAUCCCUACGAAACUGGACGAUUUUCUCGAAUUCCAGUGGAAACAAGGAGUGGAAUUUCUCAGUCACCAACCUGGAUAUUUAGACGGUGAGUUAAUACAUAUAUAACUGCUUCUUUCUGCUUUCUGUUUAUUCUGUUUUGAAUUUAGGUGUUCCGCAAUACCUUAUACAACUCCGUAUAACGCAAACCCUCUAUUAA